GAGAUACCACGAACACAGCUACAGAUUUUCCGCCCCAGGAAGGUUCGAGGCAACGAAAAUUUUGUACAACGUUCACUGUUCUUCGAUAAGUUGUCGACCGCGUUUUGAAGUCCUUCAGGUACCAGUAAAACUCAACAACCCAAAACAUCAUCAUGUUCGUCUCGUCGGCUGCCCGCAUUGCCCCAGUUGCCCGAAGCCUGGUCCUGAAUGGAACCAAGGCGUACAUCCGACCGAUCAGCAGCGCCAUCAUCUCCCAGAGCCAGACGCUCGCCGCCCAAAACACAGCUCCAGUAGCUCUGUUGCCACAGGUCCGGUCAUUCCAGACUACCCCGGUCACCCGUGACAUCGAUUCUGCUGCCAAGUUCAUCGGAGCCGGCGCAGCUACCGUUGGUGUUGCCGGAUCUGGUGCCGGAAUCGGAACAGUAUUCGGAUCCCUGAUCAUCGGUUACGCAAGAAACCCAUCUCUGAAGCAGCAGCUGUUCUCCUACGCUAUCUUGGGUUUCGCCCUGUCUGAAGCCAUGGGUCUGUUCUGUCUUAUGAUGGCUUUCCUGCUGCUCUUCGCCUUCUAAACUUCUUAUCCCCUAAACAACACAAAUGGGACGAGAAACCCGGUAAUUUAACAUCUAAGAGCAAAACAAACAACAAACUAAAAGUAAUGUCAAGAGAGAGAGAAAAUUGCAACCACUUCUAAGAAAAAUAAUAACGAACGUGUUAACACUUUAGCCACCCCUAUACACCUUUUAAUCGUAUCGAUUCAAUAGUUCGGAAUACAAGGCGGAAAAGUUUUAAGUCGAUCGUCCGAUUUUAUACGAGGCGUGUAAGAAAAAAUCAUGAAAAAGUGCACAGGUUAGAUCAGGCUUGCGAUAUACUAGUAUUAUACAUUGCGAAUGAAUUAUGUCACCCGCGAAGGGAAAAUCUAGUACGGUGUGCAGUGAAAUAUUGAUCUGCUGAAUGCGGAUAAUAAAUGUUUGGAAAAGGAGGUUAAUUCUAAUCCAAAAGUUAACUCUAAGGGCUACAACAUUUACACGUGAUCGAGAGAUGUGAAGCUUCAUCGCCGUUGAAUUCGAUAUAAGAAGAACUACUAAGAGGAUCUAUAGGAGUAACAAUUUGAAGCACAUCGAGAGGUGAAAAACAUCAACCUUCUGUAACAAAACGAAAAGAACAAACGAGACAUGAAACGAACAUCCUGUUUCGGUCGAUGGUAGCUGUUGUUUCUAAAACACAUACUAUACGACCCAAGCAAUCUGAAGGAUCUCUCAACAAGGAUUUUGAUAGGCAAGGGCAGUCACCAGGGAAAGAAGCAAGUCCAUGUAGUAACGAAUGCGCGCGCUAGCGUCCUUGGCGACUACUAUUCGAUAGCCUCAUACGGGCGGUUUCGACCAUGUUAGGUGCAUUUUUGGGAGGAUUUGCACGUGACAACGACACCGGAUCGUUAGCGGAAAAGAAAAUCGGCUGUGUAGUUGCGCAAUACUGUUUCCCGCUGCCAACUGCAUGGUCCUCUUUCUUCCCUGGGUUAUUUCAAAAUCAGUUUCAAACACAAACAUCUUUUUUUUUGCAUUGCAGAAAAAGUGUAAAUCCUAAGGUGCAAGCUUAGGAAGCAGCGAGAAUGGU